AUGCUGCAGUGCAGUACAUUGCAGUUUGCAGCCAAGGCGCAAACCAACUUACAGCUGUACGGGUACGGAGCCACGUGCUGCAAGUCUUCGCUUUCGCUUGUAGUACCGGCAGGUCUACACCGCUUGCCCACAGUCGCACCUCGCUGGUCGCUACGAACCCUGUGGGAGAACGGACCUGUCCUCGCACUGGGACUGCCUUCAUCGUCGCUCGGCGGGAGCGGUCUCUGGAUCCAGCUUGAAACUUUGCACAUUUGCUCUGCUGGCAAGCACGACCGAUCGUCCACGCUUUCUCCCCCAGGUCGGAAUCAAGUUCAGAUUCCGCUGCAGCGUUGCCGCUCGUCUGAAAUUCCUGAAUUCAAGCUGUUCAUGCUCCGACCCACAGUUGCAGUCUUGCGCUCUUCCGAUGCGCGUCGGUUCAUGAAGCGACCGCCGCUCGUCUUCAAGGCACCGGGCCCGGAACCGACCAAGUGCCCUCUUCGUGUCUCCGGCAACAGCUUGGAUCCCGGUAGCCGGAUGCUCUCUCCUGACCCUCCUCCCACUUGCCAUGCUUGGGCUUCGCCCCUCGGUCGAGUCGGCUUCGCCUUAUCGCCUGCUCAAAUCUUUGGCUCCUUGAUUGUAGAUGCAAGUCUCGUGCAAUGA